AUGGAGUCCAGUUCGGAGAUGAAGCAGGAGCCAUACCGGCAGGGAGCAUAUCGAACCGAGGCACAGAGAGUUGGGCCACCGGGAGCAAAGUAUGAAACAUAUCAGAGACGAUUUUGGAAGGACUGGGGAUAUACGUCGCGACCGGGAAAAUGGGAAGACUUUACAAACACUGCUCCCUUUACUCAUGUCAGCGCGCCCGAGUGGCCCCCACGCGCGACUGUCGAAGGGAGAGCAGAGAUGGACCUGGGCCGUUCUUUGUCCGAUAUAGAUGCGAAGCUGGCAUACGAUGUAUGGAAGAAAGCGGACGACCUCCUCGAGACGGCGUGGAGACGCAGCGGCAACCGCGGCAGUCCCAAUGCAAACGCAGAGGAGCCGGCACGCAACGUCUACGAGCAUUUGCUUUGCUUUGGGGACCUCCCAGUCGCAUACAAAAAUGCGAAGGUGGAUUUCGAGGGGCAAGGGCUCACUCAAAAAUUCGACACCGAGAGUAUGGUUCAAGCCGUGUACGAGGACAUUAUAGAGGACAGCCCUCUCCGGGGAAUUACCAAAUGGAGCGAGGAAGCAAUCCGAGCAGAGAUCGCCGAGAGACAGCUUCCAGGAGCGGGAACUACCCUCUAUCAACUGCGAGAAGAACUAAUCAUGGACGAACUCAACGAACACUGUGGUGUUAUGCCCACAGGAGGGAACUUGCUGAAUGGGAAUAUUGAAAGCGACAAGAGAUAUCUCCUGCAGCCGGCGGAAAAGUCGGACAUGACCGUCCUCGAUAUGUAUACCUUUGCGAUUCAUCUGAGUCCGUACAACCCAACAUACUGGGUUAGUCGUGCCUACUGUCAUUAUCAACAAGGCUACUUCGACCUGGCGAUUGGCGAUGCCUAUAAAGCACAGAUCCUCUGCAACACUGUCGAACAGAUGGAGGACCGCAGAGAGGUGGAUGGGCUCUAUUCUAUGAUCUGGGGUUCCCUCGAGAAACACGUCCUGGCAGACCCCAAAGACGACAAUAACCAUUGGAGAGAGCAAGUUAUGCGCAUGAGACAGCACCAGGGCAUUAACGGAUUUAUCUCACUGAUGCAGUUCUGCUUGCUCAAUAUCAUUUGUCUCAGUCUGAUGGCAAUGAAUUGCUGGGACGACUAUGAGUCCUAUCAUCGACAACUGAGCACCCGAUUUGAACGCCGACACAUUGACAUCUUCUUUGCUGAUGUUCGAAAGGAGACCUCGAGAAAGGCCCGGAAGGCAUGGAGGAAGAAGAAGAAGCAACACGGUGUUUUCUGGCAAGAGAAACACGCAGGCGCCAUCUCGGCACAGGAGAAGUACCCCUAUGAGGAGGGUGAUGCUGUGGAUCUUUACCCCGAUCGACAAAAGUUCCUGCAACUGCUCAGCGAGGAGGUCUUUCAGCACAAAGGGGAAGGACUUACGGUGCCGUCUGAUGUAUGCCAGGCGGGAUUUACACCAGAGACGCAUGGAAUCGGCGUGAUUGCGAAGAGAACCAUCAAGAAAGGAGAGCUGAUUCAUUUCGAAGAACCAGUAAUCCGCAGCCAUCUGGCACCAAUGCGAUUGGAUAAGGACCAAGAAGAUGAUAUGAUGCCUCGAUGUGAGAACUGUCAUAUAGUGACGGAUCCUACGGAAAACAGGACGUCAAUCAUCACGUGGAGCGAUAUAUCAGAUGCUCGGAAUGUGCCAGUUGAAUGCGCUUGCCACUUAUACAACUUGAAUAGGUAUGGCGGUCCAAUGGGGUUGCACUUCUGUCCUUCGGACAGGCACAAUCCGUGUUGCCAGGAGAUUGCAUCCAAGCUAUAUCACUUCGAUACCUGUGGCAGAAGUUGGUACUGGCUGCAUAACUGCAUGCGUCUUGAAACUUGGUGGUGGGGUGACAAACAGUAUUUCUCCCACAGCAAUGAAGUCCACGGCACAUACCUCAGCCUGCUUAUGAGGAGCGUCAUUGAAAUCACACUCAAGCGCCGGCUUGUCGAAGAAACAGAUCUCUCACCGCAUCAAAUCAGCGAACUUCUUAUUCUGGAUGGUAACAGCAUGACGUGGCGCGACAGUUGGUUCCCAUUUACAAUGGCGGCCAAUAUUAUCGUUCCGUUCGACAUCCUCAAAUACAUGGGCGUGAACAUCUUUCGCGAUCUUUCCUUCGACACUUGGACUCUACAGAUCGUCCUGCGCAAACUACUUGCUAACGCCGUCCCUUGGGAUCUAAGACGCCGUGAUGACCAUGAUAUCAUAACCACCUGGGACGAGUCGAAACGCAUGCCAACCCCCAGAGAACAGGAAAAGAGGCUCAACAAGAACCAGAGUUUUAGGAUGCUGGAUCCCGCAUUCGAAGACCUGUAUCUUUUUCCAGGGCUCAGCCUUUUCAACCAUGCCUGCGACACGAAGAACAAUGCAGAUUGGGGCUACGAUGAAGGAAUCCCUAAUCGGGUCCUUGUAUGGGCCACGAAAGACAUUCAAGCGGGAGAGGAGAUCAAAAUUCGAUAUCAACAUGACCCACUCGAAGCGAAGGACGCUGAGCGACUGUUUGGGUCAAAUUGUCAAUGCGGUCACAGCAAACAUGACAACCCGCCUGAAAGGUCAGAUGAGGAGCCAUCAUCCGACGAGGACGGCAAGGAUACCGAGAAAGACAAGAAGAAAGACAAGGAAGAUAUUCAGGGUACUCAAGGACAAGGACAAUCAUCUGGCCAAGGGGACAGUCAGCAGUUCGAACCCGCCCCAGCCACGAGCAGUGGGCAUGUCCAACACAUCGAACAUGCUGCCGCUCCAGCAGGGCAACCAAAAGAAACAAAAACCCUGGUACUCCGAGCGAAGAGAAAGGCGUCCGACAUAGGCGACGACAGCGACGUUGACGACGACUCAACAGGCGAUGACGAUCCACCACGGAGAGUGACGUACGUUGAUGAGCACGAGAAUGAAAAGACAUACACCGAAAAAGUCACUGUUGUUGACGGGCGACACGUCAUCACCCGCCUGUUGGCUCACGACGAGGAAAUGGAUGAUCAGUACAAGCGCAGGAAAGCUGGAAGCGCCCAUGUUUUUGUGAGUAUGGACGAACAUCACAGGGCCGUUCGGAGAAACAACUACAUCCCUCGUACCAGACAAAAAGCCGCAGAAGAUAACGCGACCUGGCUCAAAAGAGAACGAGAGUUGCUGAAAGCCGAACGAGAAGCAGCGAGGGAAAGAAUUAAAGAAAAACAAAAGAUUAACAAUAUGAAAAUUCGGACAUACAAAGUUCCCCGGAUUGCGAGAGAAAUUGGUGAGGAAAUCACUACACAGACAAUGGCCGAGCCCAUUUAUGUGGACGGGCUCGAUCGGCGACCUGAAGUGAGACCGUACAUGAAAGACAAGGCUAGAAUUGAAAAAGAAUGGAGAGAGGCAGCCCAAGAUGUCGGGACGCUUGCUCAUGCAAAUCAAUUGAAGGCGUUCGCGGCAGCGAAGCAGAUGGCAGCGCAGCAACAUGCACAGACACAGGCCAAAGGACAAGACCCUCUGGGGGGAACCCGCAAGUCCCCGAGUCGGCAGAGUACGAACCUGCCAGUGAGUAACCGGGGCGUUCGCCGUGUUGUUUUGGUGUUCGACUAUUUCAAGAUUGUUUGUCAGCUUUCUAUUAUUGCUGUUUUUGAAUCCUACUUCGAGUUUUGA